CCUGAGGGCAAUGCAAACCUCAAGAAUUAUGGCUUCCCCUUCCGGAGCGGCCGCUUGCAGGCUAAGAGAGCGUAGCAGCUUGAGUCUGACAAGCAAGCUCUCUCCAGCUCGUUCCCAUUCUGCUUCCUUCCCUAAUGCUCCGCGCACUCCUGCCGCUUUCAGACGCUCAAAAGACUUUGGCAACUUUCAGACAUGCCAUGCCUGCGUCGUCCGCACUGGGCAAGAACAACCAAUCAAGCAGUCAAAAAACGGCACCUACCGAGUCCUCUUAAGCCCCCUCAAAAGAACUCCCUUCUCCAAACCUCUACCGCAUGAAUCUGCGAAAACCUUACGGAAAUGCACCACCAGAAGGACUCCCACAAUUCUGGCAGCAUCCAAGCAGGCCGCCAAGACUUCCUUUGUUAGUUGGUCCGGGUCGCAGUCUGCAGAUUUAAGGGGGUUAGAACAGUGGCUUCAGAAGGCGGGAUUGCCCCCCCAGAAAGUUGUGAUUGAGGAAGUGGGAGAGGGCCAGGGGCGGGGUCUGGUGGCAGUGCAGGGCCUCAGAAAAGGGGACACCGUUCUGACAGUGCCAAGCAGUUUUUUAUUCACCGCGGAUAAGGCAUAUGAGACGCCAGACUUGGGGCCCCUGCUCCAUGCGGCCAACGUUCCUGACUGGCCGGCACUCGCCAUCUUCCUGCUGUAUGAAAAGUCAAAGGGGCCCUCCUCAGACUGGGCCGCAUACAUCGCCGCACUUCCCAGGCAGACCGGUUGCGUACUGGAAUGGCCAGAGGGGCAGGUCGCCAAUUUCCUGGCAGGGUCGCCCCUGCAGGCGAAAGCGCGGCUGUGCGUACGCGACGUCGAGGAGUCUUUCCGAGACCUGAGCGAGGUUCUCUUCAGUCAGCACCCGAAGGUAUUCCCACCGAAGGUGUUCACACCUAACAACUUCAAGUGGGCGUUCAGCAUCCUCUUCUCACGCCUGGUGCGUUUGCCGUCCCUGGGCGAUGCCGUCUCCCUCGCGCCGUUUGCCGACAUGGCCAAUCACAGCGUGGAUGCGACCACGUUCUUCGAGUUCGAUGCGCGAGCAGGCGCGGUCGUUCUGAAAGCGGACAGGAACUAUGAGAAGGGCCAGCAGGUAUUCGUUUCUUACGGCCCCCGUUCGAGCGGCGACCUACUUCUCUCUUACGGCUUUGUUCCCAAGCUCGACACCAACCCGCACGAAAGCGUUGACCUCCCCUUCGACCCCUCCCCAAGCACCAGCCAAAACUCCCCCCCGGCGGAAGCCGAGCGGUUCCCGAUCCGGUUAACGGGAAUGCCGGAGCAGCUGUGGGACGCCGCCCGGCAAAAAGCUCAAGAGGUUUCGGCGGGCGACGAAGGCUCGCAGGGAAGUCUAGAGCUUUCGACCCGGGAGCUGUUGCUGGAGGCGGUUCAGCGGGUGUUGAAAGGAUACAAGAAGUCGCUGGAGGACGACGAGGCUUUGGCGGAAGCGCCGACGUCCGACGACUCUCUGAACGCAGUGUCCCUGACCCAAAGGGAGAUUGCGGCGGCGACAGUGCGCGUGAUCGAGCGGCGGGUCCUCUACCGGACGGAAGCGGUUUUGCGAGGCGAGAUCCGAUCUUUGAAGCAGAAGCAAGAAACGGGAGGUAACGAAGGUGGACGGGAGCGACAAUCAAGGGGCUUUUUGUCAAGGAUCACAGGUCUCUUCUCGUGACAGUUUUUGGCAACUCCGCAGCUUGUGUGAGCAUAUACGUAUCCCGUCAGUGUCUGUCACAGACUUUCUUGCGCUCGUAGCGGCUUGGAUGUUUUGUGUGAAAAAGCACGACCGUCAGUUUGUCUGACCUGUAAUAGAUGGAUAUAAGUGUCUAUGGGGGAGUCAACAAUGUUCGUUGUUGUAGGCUUGAGGUGCUGCCGAUAGCCCCGGAAGAAAAGCCAUUCCCAUCCUCAAGCACCCAGUUGUUCGUUGAUAGUGGAGUAUUUCUAAGGCAGUCUGAACAAUGCCGUGUACCGUGAGCCAAUAUAAGCGAGUAGUGACUGCUUUUUCGGAUCAGAUUACCUCAUUUUGCAUCCUAAAGAUCAACUUGCCGCA